AUGAAUGACGAAAUAGAGUUUUCCCAAGAUCCAAAUAUACAAGAGCUACAAUCGUGCUCUCUCAUCUUUGAUAAACUUAAAGUUGAUUACGAUAACCUCGGUGGAUCGAUAGAGGUGCCGUUGCAAAUGGAUGAAGGAAAGACAAUAACCUUGGUACAAGCAGGGGAACGAGGACAAUCUGUUCCUUUGUCGUCUAAGAAAGUGGGGUUCUUACCACCACUAGAGUUGCAGUUCCAUUUGCUGCACGGAUACCCUGAGCAAAAUCCACCUAUUGUCAACUUGAAAUGUUCAGUAUUGAUGCAAGAGAAGAUCGACGAGUUGCAGGAACAGUUGUUUCAACUAUGGCAAGAUUACAAGGACCGUGUGAUAUUUAGCUUGAUUGAUUAUUUGCAAGAACGAUCUCAGUCUUUUCUCGAUGAGCUUUUACCGCCCACCAUUGAAGUUUCAGAUUUGGACCAGUACAACUAUAUCUUAGCCUAUGAUGUGCAUUCCAAAGAAGAGGUGUUCAACAAUCAAACGUACACGUGUGAGAUAUGUCAAAUGGGAAACAAAGGAAUAAACUGCACACAGUUUGACGAAUGCUUGCAUGUUUUCUGUAACGAUUGUUUGAAGAGUUAUUUCACAUCGAGUAUAGUUCAAGGUGAGGUGGAUAAAAUACACUGCCCUGAAUACCAAUGCACAAGGAAAUAUAUCACCACUAGAGAUGAGCUUAUGAAACUAGAAACUUGGACGAUGAAAGACGAGGGAGUGAAGGAAGUUGUUGGGACUUUAUUGACACCUACAGUCUCGGCGGGUAAGCUAAAGAAAAUACUCCUGACUGACUUGAUACAACGUUAUUUAUCGCUCUUCAAGAAGUCUCAGUAUGAAAUGAUUGGCAGGCUUCUACCGAGAAGACUUGUCAAAUGCCCGCGAAUCGGUUGCGACGAAGUGAUCUUUCGAGAAGAUUUGAAUGAAAAAUUAGUUGUUUGUCCAAAAUGUCGGUAUGCAUUUUGCAACGAUUGUCGAAAAUCAUACCACGCAAGAUUUAAAACCUGUGUGAAAGUUGAGGGAGAUGAUGGUAAGUAUGGAGGCAUAUCAAUAGAGGACUUGGAAGCUUACAAUCAUAUGGCCCAAGGUUCACAUGACAAGAAGAUAUUAAACGCAAAGUAUGGUCGAAAUAAAAUCUUGAAAGCUAUUGACGAGUACGAGAUGGACAAAUUGUUUGAACAAAUGUUGAAGCAGGGCACUGAUCUCAAAGAAUGUCCCGGUUGUGGCGCUGUUAUUGAAAAGUUUGAAGGGUGUAACAAGAUGAAAUGUAGCGAAUGUCUCACUUGUUUCUGCUUCAAUUGUGGAACCCAAACUGACAAUAGUUAUGAUCACUUUACCGAUCCGCGUUCCCCCUGCUACAAGUUAUUAUUCUUUGGGAUGCUAGGGGCUGAAGAUGACUAA